CUCUUCACCUUCCAUUCUCAUUCUCAUUCUCCUUCACAUUUCUCACUCUCCACUACUCUCAUUUCUUUCAUAAAAACCCCCAAGAAAGAUGUUGCUGGGGAAGCGUCCUCGCCCUCCGAUUAAGCGAACUACAAGCAUGACAGGGAUCACCAUUGAUGUCUCCAACAUGGACUCUUCAGAGCCCUCUGAUCAUAAUCAACCUCAUCCUCCUCAUCAACAUCCUAACGUCCCUCAUGUUGUGCCACAGAACAUGAACGGCUACGAUCAACGGUUCCUUUCCAUGGUUUCUCCGAGAAACCUGCAGAGAAGUAAUAAUAAUGAGUUCAUGAUGGAGACUUCUCAUUUCCUGAGAACUUGUGGCCUUUGUAAUCGCCGCCUCGCUCCUGGCCGUGACAUUUACAUGUAUAGGGGGGACACAGCUUUUUGUAGUUUAGAGUGCAGGGAAAAGAAAAUGAAGCAAGAUGAGAGAAAAGAGAAGUUGAGUGGAUCAUCAUCAUCAUCAUCAUCACAACCAUCCUCAAGAGGUCCACCGGGCUCCAAGGGGUCUAGUAAAAGCGAGCCGGUGGCUGCAGCUUGAAGACAAAGAAGUAAGACAGAGUUAAUCAAUUAAACUUAACUGAAAGAGAAGGAGAGAUCGGCUGAAGAAUUAAGAAGUUUGAAGUGUAACAUGCCCGUUUUCCACCAUUAAUGGCGCCCCACUUGCUAAUAUUAUUUUACAUGAGACUCUCGGGACUGGAUGAUGGUGAUGGUGAUGUUGGUGGUAGUGGUAAUAAUGAGAAUCGAAUGUAGAAUUAUUGUGUAAAAAAAGAAAAAAAAAAA